AUGAAUAAUUUAGAAAUUAAAAAUAAUGCGUGGAUAAGCUCCGGAGUGUUGAAAAACGAAGUUGCUGACUUGUCAACAGAACAAGCAACAAUAUUAAAAAAAACUGAUUACUUUAUCAAAGAGCGUGCCCAAAGGUAUUUAAAGGAAGUAAACGCUGAAAAAGAAAAAAUUGACGCCACAGGCAGAGAAAUCAAAAAAGGUCUUAAUGGGCGAGAAAAAGCCCGCCAAGAAAAAGAAUUAGCCAACAAAUUAGCCGAACAAGAAAAUCAAGGCAAAACCCACGAAAAAGACAUUGAAAUUGCUAAAUAUCACGAAGAAAGAGGCAAAAUAAAAUGUGAUUGCUGGCAGUGUGCGGAAAGCAAAAAACUCCAAGCCGAAAUUAAAGAGGAAACGACCGAGGAAGAGAAAGCAGAAAAAUCAAAAUGCUCCGAAUGUGGCAAAAUGGUUAAGAAAUUGGACGAAGAAAAUGGAGUAUGUAAAAAAUGUCUAAAAGAAUACGGAGGAGUUAACAAACUACACCACCGAGCCGACAAUUUAUGUAAUAACUUCGGCGGAGUUCACAAAAUUUACCGAGAAUUAGGCAAGUAUGCCGAAUUUUUAAAAAAUAAGAUUGGUGAAGUUGACGAGCAAAAGCAAGAUAUUAAGCCAAAAUUAGAAAGCUUUUCGGGACUGAAUAUAUGCCCGAAUGAGGGAAGCAAGAACCAAAAGACAGAAUAUCAAGAAAUCCAAAGCAAAAUUAAUUCUGCUUAUAAAUGGCAGCAAAUAAGCAAAAGCCAGCAAAAGAAAAUUAAAGCCAGGAUUGGGGAAGAAAUAAUUGAAUUAUACGAAGCAGAACAAAUUGAACUCAAUGAAAAAAUAUUAGAAUGCUUGGAAGAUUUGAAAGAUUGA